AUGGAUCCAAACGAAACGCAAGAAACGUUACUCACAGAGAGGAUUUCUAUCCCUUCGGUGCAUGACAAUAAACUUCUUGAAACGCGUGUGUCUUACUUGAAUCAUGUCGGGGCAUUGAAAGCCGUCAUUAUUUCACAUCCAUAUGGGCCACUAGGAGGAAACUUCAACAAUAAUGUGGUUGUUGCGAUCGAAGAAUUCUUUUUGGGUAAGGACUAUCUUACCUUAGCUUUUAACUUUAGAGGGGUCGGGAAAUCGGAGGGACGCACCAGCUGGACAGGUGCACCUGAGUGUGACGACUAUCGGACAAUGGUCGACUUUCUUGCGAAUCGAGGAACGGUUUCUGGCAAACAACUCUUACAAAUUCCACCAGUCUCGGAGAUUAUCAUAGUUGGGUAUAGUUAUGGAUCGCUGAUAGCAACGUCACUGUCGUCUUAUACAACAUCUGUACCGCUCUCGUUUGUUAUAAUAAGCUACCCAUACUCGGUCAUCUGGUUUCUAACAUUUUUCUGCACCUCUCAAUACCUGACUUGUUUUGGUGAUCUCGUGUCCUCAGAUGAGAGAAUCCUAUUUGUUUAUGGAGAUUCCGAUCAAUUCACUGGGGUGAGGAAAUAUCGAAGGCUUGUUGAAGACUGUCAUCUUAGUGAAAAGCCUAAUUGGACUGUCAGAGAAUUGGAUGACAUCGAUCAUUUCUGGUAUGGGACUGGAAUGGAAGCAGCUCUGAUUGGGGUGCUGGACGAGUGGCUAAACGCAUGUCAAAAAACAAAGCAGACUGUUAAUAGUAUCAUUAGUUCAUGA